AAAAUGGAUCCCCCUUUUCUCACCACAUGGGGCACAGGAGGAGGAAGAAGAUAGCCCUUCAAACCCCCCCCCCCCAGUCCCUGGAAAGGGGCAAAGGAAUUGCGGGGUCGGAUCUUGUUACAAAUUGGGGGGGCAGGCCCCACGAUUAUUUCUCACCCCAUUUGCAUGCCCCCAUUCCUGCCACGGGCAGCUGUGGGAGGAACAAGCAUUCCUGCUCUUGCACAACAGCUCUGUGGGGUAGGCUGGGCCGAGAGGCUGUGAGCGGCCCCAGGAGAGCUCUGUGGGCGAGCUGGGAUUGGAACCCGGGCCCAGCAGGCCGCCACCCACACCAGGGGUGAGCCAGGGUGGCAUGCCAGCAAUCGCUGACCUGCAACUCUCAUAAUGUAGGGGGAUGAUGGGAGUUGUAGUACAGCGAGUGCCAGGGCCACCCACUCCUGCACUACGCCGUAUCCGAUGGAGGGGCUGCAGCUCAGAGAGGGAAAGCUUGCUUUUCCUGCAGAAGGUUCAGUCCGGAUUUACAAAGACCAGGAAGAGCUGCUGCCAGUCAGAGCAGAGCACACUGGGGCCAGUAGUCUGACUCAGCAGGAGGCAGCUUCUCCUGUUGGCUUGCUCACACCGACUCUACGAGUGGGCCCCGGAACCAAAAAGCAACCAUUCUGGGGGUUCAGGAGGACACUGAGGAAAGGAGAGCGGAAAUCUUCCAUUGCUCCAUCCCGGGAGAAGCCAUGGCGGAGCACGGCGCUCACCUCACGGCUGCCUCCGCCUGCGAGGACAGGCCGUCCAUCUUUGAGGUGGUGGCACAAGACAGUUUGAUGGCCGCUGUGCGGCCGGCUCUUCAGCACGUAGCCAAGGUGCUGGCCGAAUCCAACCCCGCCCGCUACAGCGUCCUCUGGCGCUGGUUUGACGAAAUCUACGCCCUCCUGGACCUCCUCCUGCAGCAGCACUACCUGUCCAGGUGCAGCGCAUCUUUUGCCGAAAACUUCUACGGCCUGAAGCGGGUCGGGCCAAGAGGCAGGAGGCCACGGCUGGCUGCUGCCGGCCUGCCCCGGAAGCCCCACUGGAAAUCGCUCUGCCUCUUGGUCCUCCUCCCGUACCUGAGGACCAAGCUGGAGAAGUUCAUCUCCCGCCUCCGGGAAGAGGACGACUAUUCCAUCCACCCGCCCUCCUCCUCCUGGAAGCGGUUCUACCGGGCCUUCUUGGCGGCCUACCCCUUUGCGAACCUGGCGUGGGAGGGCUGGUUCCUGGCCCAGCAGCUCUGCUACAUCCUGGGGAAGGCUCAGCACCACUCGCCUCUGCUCAAGCUGGCCGGGGUGCAUCUGGCCCGGCUGUCAGCAGAAGACCUGCAGGCUAUGGAGAGGAAGCUCAUGGACACGGGGGCCAUCCGGCCGCCCCCAAGCAGCGUGACGGAACGGGCGUGGUCAGCAGCCAAGCGGGUCCUGGGCGGCCUGGCUUUCUCCCUCUCCACCGGCCUCUCCGUGGGAGUCUUCUUCCUCCAGUUCCUGGAAUGGUGGUACUCCGCGGAGAACCAGGAGAGCAUCAAGGCCCUGACGGCCCUGCCCACCCCACCUCCCCCCACCCACCUGGACCACGGGGCCGACUCCCCACUCCUGCCCCGGCUCAAGACCGCCUGCCCCCUCUGCCGCAAGAUCCGCACCAACGAUACUGCCCUCUCCACCUCCGGCUUCGUCUUCUGCUACCCCUGCGCCUACGGCUACGUGAAGAGUCGCCAGCAGUGCCCUGUCACGGGCUACGCCACAGAACUCCAGCACCUGGUCAAACUGUACAUGCCUGAAAACUAACUGGCGCCACACGGCUUGGGCCCCCACGUCUUGUGGGACUACGACUCCCAUCACCCCCUGCCGCCACAGCUGCAGUGGGGGGUGAUGGGGCUUGUAGUCCAGCCCCAAAUUUGAGAACUUCUGCUACACAUAGACAUAGUAUUGUGCUUUGUGGCAGUCAGUUACCAGAAUACUUGACCUCUGAGACCCUGGAUGGGCAUCAUACUCACUGCACAAAAGGAAGCCAAGCCCCGACUACUAAGAAUUCUCCAGUUAUCUCACUCGGCUGAUUAUCCCCAGCAGUUGGGAGCUGAGGAAGAUCAGCCGAGUGAGAGAACCAUAGGUUGGGGCUGCACAACUGGCAUCGUAAUCCAGCUGGUUUUGGACUCCCAUCAUCCCCAGCCACAGUGGCCAAAAGGGAUGAUGGGAGUUGUAGUCCAGCCUCUGGAGACUGGGAACGUCUGGCCUUGAGGGCCUGCCACAACCAUCCGUGUUGGUUUCCCUACCACACACUCGCCAAAUGACCCCUGACAAAUCCCAGAGGGGUUGGAGUGAGUGUUUCAAAAGGCCAAAGCUCUCUUUGAAUGACACUACAUCUCUGCAGCCUUCCGUUUUUAAAAAAAAACAAAGGGACGCAAUGUACGAAUGCCCCCCUGUUGCCUGGCUGUUUUGGUUCUAUUAACGCAUCGUCACUUGAACAAGGGACUGCCAAGUGUAGAAUUUAUUAAAAACGUCUUUAUUAAGAGCGUGA